AUGUCUGAAUUCAUUCCAUUCUGGAAGCAGCCAAGUCAUUCUGAUCGCCUUCAGGUCGUUAAAGGCGAUCAUCCUUACAAGUCAUCUGCCUACUCCCUCAUCUCUCUUCCAGCGGGAGCAUUCUUUGCCAAAAUCAGCACCGCAACCUUUGUCGACCAUACCACCUACACAUCAGUCGCCAACGGGAAGGACUCACGCAUCGAGCUCAACUCCGACCUCGUGUAUUGCAACCAUUCGUGCAAUCCGAGCCUGGUUUUCGAUAUGACCCGAUUUGAGGUUCGGGUUUCAGAGGAUCGACCUCUAGCUGUGGGCGAUGAACUGAGCUUCUUCUAUCCGAGCACCGAAUGGGAGAUGGUACAGCCAUUUCGAUGCGGGUGCAGCGCUGGUCCCGAUAAAUGCCUUGGUUUUAUCGCUGGGUCGUCGAAAAUUGAACCUUCUGUCCUCACAAGGUUUUGGCUGAACGACCAUAUUCCGCAGCUGUUGGAGGAUUCAUUAGAAGCUGACAAAGUAUCUUCUUCGUAUGUAAUGGAGGCGCCGGUGGUCGAUAGUCCUGGGGCUUGA